GGAAAAUCGAUAUUCGCAAUUUAACCAUCGUCGCUGAAUGUAAAUAAAUGGCUUUGUCUGUGAAACGGUUCGUCAAUGGUCCGCCGUCGGACUUCCUUGGACUGGUUAUAGUGUAGAAAAUUUAAAGGAAACUAUGGAAAAUGCAUAAUUCGCUGGUCUCCAAAUUGCUGCUGCGACUGCUGCUGCUGUUCGUCCUGGUCACAGCCGCCUCCAUAGUGGUGCUCACCAAAUGCGGAUUCGACGAGAUUACGGCGAGGGAAACGGAACCCAACAAUCCCAGUGAAUCCAGUGGAUUUAGUUAUGCGCUAAGCGAACGGGAGGCGGAAAUUGAGCGGCUGAAACAAGAGGUCUUGGGGCUACGCACUCAAAUUCUGUAUCUACAAAGUAAUCGCAGUGCUGCCAAGAUAUCCAAUGGCAGUCUGCAGUUGCAAGAGACCACCGUGGGCCCGCCAACCGCUCCACUGGGGCACCACUACGACUGCAGCAGCUACAUCCGCAAGCAGGUGGGUGCUGCCGAGAUACUGCACGGACUGCCGCUGAAUAAUGAGUACGAGCUGAUACCCUACAAUCACUUCACCUUCACCCGGGUGUAUCCCAUCGAUUUGGGUCUGGGCAAGCGGGUGGUGGAGAAACCCAUCGGCUAUCGACGACGGGAUCUCAUCGAGGCGGUGAACAAGGCCCUGGAGAGCCUGAACAGGAACCAUUCGGCAAGGGUACGAGCCAAGGGAGCUGCUUCGGCCGGAGGUUACCCCUCGGAUGUGAUCAAAUAUACUCUGGACGACUUCAUCGAGGGCAUUUACCGGAAUGAGCCCACCACGGGCACCCAGUACGAGCUGUAUUUCCAGAGUGUCAAGCACCAGGCGAGUCCUGUGAGGAGGGCCCUGGUCAUGCGACCCUUCGCUCCCCUUCAAACCGUACAGCUAUCGGAGUUGUCAUACCAUUCGCACAAUGCUAGUGCCCAUCCCACUCACAGUCCGCCCGUGAUCCAUGUGAUACUGCCCUUGUCGGGACGCCUGCACAGCUUUCGCAGCUUCCUGCAGAUGUUCGCCAAGCUCGAGGAUCGCCGACUGGAACUCAUUGUGGUGUACUUUGGAACCAAUGGCCUGGCCCAAGCCAGGCGAUUGGCAGGACGAUCUCAAAGGACUCAGUUUCUGGCCCUCAAUGAGACCUUUAGCAGGGCUAAAGCUUUGAGACUGGGAGCGGAGCACAUAAAAUCUUCACAAGAAGACGUACUUCUCUUCAUGUGCGAUGUUGACAUUAUGUUCACCGCCAGAUUUCUUGAGCGCUGUCGCUGGAAUGCCGCUCCAGGAAAAAAGGUCUACUACCCGGUGGUCUUCAGCCUGUACAACCCUCAUGUGGUGUACUCGCUGCAGGGCAAACCCUUGCCUGGGUAUGAGGAGCAGCUGGUAAUCUCAAGGGACACGGGAUUCUGGCGGGACUUUGGCUACGGCAUGACGUGUCAGUACCGCUCGAACUUCCUGCAGGUCCGGGGCUUCGACGAGGAGGAGAUCGUAGGAUGGGGCGGCGAGGAUGUGAUGCUCUACCGAAAGUAUGUGCGCUCCAAGAUCAAAAUCAUCCGGGCCACCGAUCCGGGAAUCUUCCAUCGCUGGCACACCAAGAUCUGUUCUAGUUCGCUGACAGCCGAUCAGUACCGCGCGUGCAUACGAUCGAGGGCUUUAAAUGAGGCCUCCCACGCCCAACUGGGAUUCCUGGCUUUCAGGGAUGACAUAGCCGCCGCGAAUGCGGCCAAGAUGUCAUCGUGAUACCCGACCAUACCCCAUGUAUCCCUAAUUGCUUGGCUUUUCUAUCUAAGGCGGAUUUUCGAGUGUGUGUGAAAGAUAGCAGUGAUAUAUGUAGUUUAUUUACCUAGGCUACUUGUUUCUUAUAUUUAUUUUAUGUUCUUAAAGGUAUUCAAUGGCUCCAGUUUUUAUUUUUAGUUUCAGCUGUGGAUAUUUUGCAUUUUUUUAGAUAGAAUAUAUAAGUAUUUGUGAUAUUUCUUACUUAAGUUACGUACCUAGAUCAAGGUUUUUUGCUGCUCUGCUUUAAUUAACCAUUUCUGCACAACCGAAUCGUGAGGAACACUGCCACUUUUUCACACAUGCAAACACGCAUACUGUAGGCCAUAAAGUUUGUACAACUUGAGACAAUAACUCGUAUUUAGCUGAAUCGUUGAAUUAGCUUAAUUGUUGAUCUUGUUGCGCCCUCGAGAGAGCCACACACAAAGACGAAACGCACUGUACACACCACACACAUCACGAAUUGUUCUUCCAUGAAGCAAACUAGAUGCAAUCUCCAGAGCCCAAGAAACUAUAUAUUUACGAGUGCCAUAUCGAACCCGUAUCUCAAACUGGGCCUAACAAAUCUGCCAGACUGUUGCGCGCUUUGUAAAAACUAAAUUAAAUCGUUUAAUUAAACUUGUCGCCUGUU